CGUGGAGCUAGGUUACGAAGAAGGAAGCUAGGCACAGUGCAGACGGCUUGCUGAUUCUGGGACUGGGCAGGAAAUCAAGGUAAGGGAGGGUGUGCGGCUGGCACCCUCAAAAGUACUCCUUGGAGGCAAAGCUGAGAAGAGACCGGGGAAGAUGAAGACAGAAUGUGGGCAGACAGUGCGCAGAACUGUCACCUUCUGGUCUCACAGCAGAGACUCCGCCAUGGACCCACCGUUGCCGAGUGAAGCCACCCAAACGCUGCCCGCGCCGCCCUCUGCGCUGGCGUCCUACCGUUGGCACACUGCAGGCGGAGGGGAGAAGGCUGCUGGAGGGUUCCGCUGGGGCCGCUUCACCGGCUGGGGAAGGACCCUGAGCCAUCAGGAGCCCAUGGUGAGCAGCCAGCCAGCCCCUCGAUCUCUAUUUCGUCGGGUCCUCUCUGCACCCCCCAAGGAGUCAAGGCCCAGUCGCCUCCGGCUUUCCAAGACCCUGUGGGGGAGGCACAAGAACGUGGCACCGCUGGAGCCCAAGCCAAAUCCCACGGCCCCAGAGCCAGAGCCGGAGUUGGAAGUACCCCCAGAUCCACCUGCUGUUGCACAGAUCCCUGAGCCUCCCACUCCUGACAUGCCUGUUUGGGACAUCGGGGGCUUCACCCUGCUUGAAGGAAGGCUGGUGCUGCUUGGUGAGGAGGAGGGUCCUCGCCAAAUCCGGAUGGGAAGCGCCAGCUCAGAAAGCAACAUGCAGGCAUCCAUGGGGAACCUCCGGGAUCCAGAUCGCACUCCUGGAAAAACUGAGCUGGAAGCCACUGGUUCCAACCAGGUCCACAAUGUUCGGGGGUUACUCAAGAGGCUGAAGGAGAAGAAAAAGGCCAGGUCAGAGCUGGGAGCCCACGGCCCUCGAGAUGGACCCCCCAGUGCUCUGGGUUCUAGGGAAUCACUGGCCACACUCUCUGAGCUGGACCUGGGUGCUGAGAGGGAUGUGCGAGUCUGGCCAUUGCAUCCUAGCCUCCUGGGGGAGCCACACUGCUUCCAGGUAACCUGGGCGGGCGGGAGUCGCUGUUUCUCUUGUCGCUCCAGCGCUGAGAGAGACCGUUGGAUUGAAGACCUUCGUCGUCAGUUCCAGCCCAGCCAGGAUAACGUGGAGAGGCAAGAGACUUGGCUGACCGUUUGGGUGCACGAGGCCAAGGGGCUGCCCCGAGCAGCGGCACCCGGAGUGCGCGCGGAGCUGUGGCUGGACGGGGCGCUACUGGCACGCACUGCUCCGCGGGCCGGCCCAGGUCAGCUCUUCUGGGCAGAGCGCUUCCACUUCGAAGCGCUGCCACCAGCCCGUCGCCUGUCACUGCGGCUGCGCGGAGCCCGCCCGGCAGGUGCAACCGUGGGCAGGGUGACGCUGGAACUGGACGAGGCGAGCAUCCCCCGCGCGCCCGCCGCAGGCCUGGAACGCUGGUUCCCGGUGCUAGGGGCGCCGGCCGGCGCGGCGCUACGGGCGAGGAUAAGGGUGCGACGUCUGCGCGUGCUGCCGUCGGAGCGCUACAAAGAACUGGCCGAGUUCCUCACCUUCCACUACGCGCGCCUGUGCGAGGCGCUGGAGUCAGCGCUGUCGGCUCAGGCCAAGGAGGAGCUGGCAGCAGCCAUGGUGCGCGUGCUACGGGCCACUGGCCGGGCGCAGGCAUUAGUGACAGACCUUGGCACCUCAGAGCUGGCGCGCUGUGGAGGCCGUGAAGCGCUGCUAUUUCGCGAAAAUACCUUAGCUACCAAGGCCAUUGAUGAGUACAUGAAACUGGUGGCACAGGAGUACCUCCAGGAGACCCUGGGGGAAGUUUUGCGGUGUCUCUGUGCCUCCACUGAGGACUGUGAAGUGGACCCUAGCAAAUGCCCUACACCAGAGCUCUCCAAACACCAAGCCAGACUCCGAAACAGCUGUGAGGAGGUUUUUGAAGCUAUCAUCCACUCUUACAACUGGUUCCCAGCGGAGCUGGGCACUGUCUUCUCAAGCUGGCGAGAAGCAUGCAAAGCCCGUGGCUCUGAGGCACUGGGACCCCGGCUGGUGUGUGCCUCCCUCUUCCUGAGGCUCCUAUGCCCUGCCAUCUUGGCACCCAGCCUCUUCGGCCUGGCACCAGAGCACCCGGCCCCAGGCCCAGCCAGAACCCUUACACUGAUCGCCAAGGUUAUCCAGAAUCUUGCCAACCGUGCUCCGUUUGGUGAGAAGGAAGCCUACAUGGCCUUUAUGAAUAGCUUCCUGGAAGAUCACGGACCAGCCAUGCAACACUUCUUGGACCAGGUGGCCGUGGUGGAUGCAAAUGCCACACCCAGGGGCUACCAGGGCAGUGGAGACCUGGCCCUCCAGUUGGCAGUUCUUCAUGUCCAACUCUGCACAAUCUUUGCUGAACUUGACCAGACAACCCAAGAUAGCUUGGAACCACUGCCCACCAUACUUCGAGCCAUCGAAGAGGGCCGGCCUGUUCCAGUGUCUGUGCCAAUGCGUCUUCCCCGCAUCCCCACCCAGGUCCAUUCCAGCUUCUCUUCAGGGGAGAAACCCGGUUUCCUGGCACCCCGAGACCUCCCCAAGCACACCCCUCUCAUUUCCAAGAGCCAAUCUCUGCGCAGCUUUCAAGGGGCAGGGAGCUGGGCCCGUCGGCGUCCAGAUGAGGAACGGUCCCAGAGGCGGCCGCGGCCAGUGCAGCGCACACAGAGCGUCCCUGCCAGGCGGCCUGCCCGCCGCCGCCCUUCUGCAGGUCCCAGGCCGAGACUCAAAGACUCACUCCGCACUGGCCCAGCGCCAUGCCGACGGGCCUGGACUGGAGCUUCUGCAUCGCUGCCUCGGAAGCCAUCGGUGCCAUGGCAGCGCCAGCUGGACCAGCCCGGGGACCGAUACCAAGCUUUGGGAACUCACCGACCAGUGGGCAAGCUAGCAGAGAUACAGUGCGAGGUAGCUGCACUCCGCGAGGAACAGAAAGCUCUGUCCCGUCUGGUGGAGUCGCUGAGUACCCACAUCCAGGCCUUGACGGGACAGCAGGAGCAGCUGAGCGGUCAGCUGCAGGACCUGGACUCCAGACUGGGAGCUGGGAUCUUAAAGUUGGAUUCUGAGGGUGGUCUUCCAAGCAACGGAAGCCACAGGCUAAAAAGUCUGGAGCACCGUCUGACUGAGAUGGAAUGUACUCAGGACCAGCUGAAGGAUACCCUCCACAGUCUGCAGCUUCUUUCAAGGACACCAGGGUCCUGGAGCCAGCCCCUGCCUCUCAAAACGCCAUGUGUCAAUGGAGCCGAGCUGUCAAUGGGCACUUGAGCUCUCAUUCCACGCCACAUGGUCUGGAAGCUAAGAGCCACUACAGAGGGUUGUAUGCCUUUGCCUCAGCCUUCAUGGCUGUUAGUGGGGGACAGGGGGAGGUGCCAAUCACUCUGAUACUGUGAGGUUGCCCAGUAAAUCUCUAUUUCAGUAAAAUCACUGGCUUUUCUGCCCCUACAAAUGAUUAAUCAGAGAGCACACCUAGUUCUCCAUUUGGCUCUCCCAAAUUCUUACCUAAUUUAAAGUUCCCCAAAGAUGGACGUAAUAAACAGACUCUUUCCAUUGCUGUGAUCUAGGCUAUCACUCCAGGAGAUUCCAUUCUCUCGUCUGUAAAAUGUAUCUAAAAUUCUCUACGUAGUAGACAACUCUUUGUUAAAGGUGUUCAAUAAAAGGUAUUAAUCGUUGUUAUGGGAAAUGCCUGCUUUUCAGUGAAGCACAGAUCUCCUACCCUCCUAUCCCACCUCAUCCUCUAUCAGUAUCUCAGGCCCCAAGUGACAGAAUCUUUCUAGAUUUCAAAUCACAGUCCAGGCAGGGAGGGCAUGUGUCUGAGAGGCAAAUGAAGUAAGAGAAUGUAAGGGGAGAAUACAGUUGCAUUCUGUGGCUGGUUGAGUGAAUGUACAGGUAUUUGACUCAUGGAUAAAAGGGGAAGGUAGAUGAAACAAUAGGCAGAUGACUAGGUUAGCAUUCACUGAAUGUUUGACUUGGUAGAUGUUUAAGGCAGGUCACUAAUCAUAAUGGAUAGGUCUACUUAGAGAAGAAUGAUUCACAAUAGGAAAUUAAUACUUGAACUAAGGAGUAAUCAA